AUGGCGACGCCCAACUCGAGAACUCCCCUCUCUGGGACCCCGUCUCGCCGCACCCCGAACGAGAAUAGUCCCGGCAGGCCUACCUUUGCAAGUUCUGUACCCUCAAGUACUGGGACUGGCCUUGCCAGAACUCCCUCCUUGCGGCAGGCUCGCCCUUUGCGGAAAACCCCAACUCGCACGAGUAUUUCCCUUGCCUCUGGCGACCACGAGUUGGAGGACGAAGAGGCCAGGUCAAAAAAUUCCGAACUUGUAAAGGAGAUCCAAGAUCUGCGAGAUCGGUUUGAAAGAGCCGAGCAAGUUUCCCAGCAGUACAAAAAUCAACUGGAAGCCAUGCGGCAGGAUUUGGACAAAGCCUCGCAGGAUCAGACAAUUGCAGAGGAACGCGACUUUCAAAGCCGAACACAAGUGGACCAACUGAGGGCAGAAAUCAACGACCUGAGGCGAGAGAAUCGAGAGCUGGAGAGGCAGCGUGCGGAAGAUGAACGGCUUUUCCAGCAGGAGCGAGACAAGCACACCAUGAAGGAAGCGCAGCAACAAGCGGCGAUCAACCGGCUGAACGAAGCCCUGCGCCUGAACGGCAUCGAAAGAUCCAACGCGAAUAGAAGUGGGAGCGUGACUGAGACCCAUGUCCCCAAGGAAGAGGUGGCCGCAGAAAACGCCGCACAGAGAAGCAAUACUCCAAACCUCAUGCCUGUCUUGCAGCAGAAGGAGGACACCAUCAACGCCUUGCAAAUCGACCUGGCCGAAGCACAGCUUAGGUUGGCCCAGCAGGAACAUUUGCAAGACGCACGCAGGCUUGAUCUGGAGAACAAGGUAUCGGAGUAUCAGCGAUUAAAUGCGAAACUUAGGGAGGAAAACGAGAGUUACGAAAUGCUUCUGAGUGAGAAGACCCUCAAGGGUGAAUUCAUGCGUCAUGAUCACAAUCAAGAUGAAGCUCGCGGAAUGAGCUCGCUCGCAGAGGAGCUUGAAUCCACGGAGGAGACCGAGGACGAUAAUGCCAAUGGCCAGACCGAGGGAUACAAGAAACUCGACGCAGACAACAAGGUCUUGAAGGCGGAAGUCGAGGCCCUCCGCUUAUACAUCGACAAGAUUAUCGGGCGAUUGCUGUCCCACGAAGGUUUUGAGCACAUCAUCCAAGACAAGGACGAUCCACCACCUCCUCCCGCAAAACCCAGCGUCGAGAAGGCACUGCCUGCAAUACCGGAUCAGCAAGCAGCCGCUCCGGCUGCAACCAUAGCCGGUGCGGCUACCGGGUUCUUGCAGCGGGCCAGGUCUGUGGUGCAGCGACCAGGGGGCAAGGCACGUCCAAUGUCGUACAUACACCCGACAGCAGCAUCGCCGUCAGCCAAUGAGAAUCCGGAUACAGCUCCAAGUAUUCCGCUGCACCGGGGUCAUCGUAGGGCGAGAUCCGAUCAGGCACAGACUGAUGCGGCGGCCGCUGCGGUUGUGCAGCAAAUGACCCGUGGCUCUCCUAUGAGAACAGUUUCCGGAAGCCCCCUGAGCCCGGGCAUUCGACCACUGAGCCCGCCAUUACCGCAAAGCCAUGGAUCUUACUUCGGCGCUGCCACUUCGACAACAACACGAACGCCGUCAGCCUCCGGUAACCGUGUGAGCAGUUCCGCCAACAGUGUGAUGAGCGAUUCGCAUAGCGAUGAACAGAAAUCAAACACUGACGGGAGCUCGAUUGCGCCACACGUGGGUGGGGAGCGGCCGAACCCGAGCAAUAUACCUGGAGCGGUGAUGAAACAAAACCAACUGAGACCGCUGAGAUUGGUACAAGAGCAAACAGUCCCGGAUGAUGAAGUUACAAAGCGCACUAACAGGGGUAGUAUCUUUGGAUGGUUCCGCGGAAGUACUAUCGAGACUCAGGAUGAGUGA